AUGGUUUGUGGACGAAGAUCUUGUUGGAACGAUCCUCGAUUCCCAGCUGUUCGUGGCAUUCGUCGUAGGGGAUUGACGGUCGAAGCACUGAGGCAUGAAUUGCAACUGCACCUGGAGGGUGAUUUUAGGAAGACAAAUAAGAAAAUCACAUGGUUAGCUGACACCGUGAAGGUUAAACUGGUUGAUUACUAUUAUUUAAUCAAUAAGAAGAAACUAGCUGAAAAUGAUGAUGUCAAGGAUUUUUUAACGGCAAAGACAGAAUUUCUUGACGAAACGAUUGCUGACGGCAAUGUGAUGGCAUCGUCGGACGAUAUACGUCUCAUUCGUAUCCCCGACGGCAAAGCAUCUAAUGUGGCGUCUAAAGCAAAAUAA